GCAGGAUUUGUUGUUUUACUUCAAGUUGUUCGCAUAAAAGACUGAAGAGACCUGCAGUCCAACACGCCUCUGUCCUGAACUAGAACUGUCCGCACUGAUAAAAUGGUGAACUGCUGUGGACUGAUAACAGCCCAGAAGGAACCAGUUCCUCUGCAGAGCAUUGACGUUCGUGUGGAGGUCAGGGACCAUGUAGCUACAGUUGUCUCCACUCUGAACUACGAGAACAAGGAGGACAAACCACUAGAGGCUGUUUUUGUCUUCCCUCUGCCUGGAGAUGCUGCUGUGUGUCAUUUCAGUGCUGAGAUCGGACAGAAACACAUUGUAGCUGAGGUCAAGGAGAAGCAGCAGGCUCGGGAGGAGUAUGAUGAGGCACUGAGCUCCGGUCAGCAGGCCUUCCUGUUGGAGGAGAGCGCAGAGAGUCCAGAUAUCUUCUCCCUGAGUGUGGGCAGUCUGCCUCCAGGAGAGAGCGCCUCCAUCAGGCUGGAGUACGUCACUGAGCUUGCUGUGCAGGCUGAUGACGGGCUGAGGUUCUGUCUGCCUGCUGUGCUCAACCCUCGCUACCAACCUCAAGGUAGUGAGGGUCCCAGUGUCCAGGUGUCCUCAGUUCCAGCCUCUCAGGUCCCGUACAGUCUGUCCUUUUCUGUCCAAGUGUCUUCUCCUCGCCCAGUCUCUAAAGUAGAGUCCAGCAGCUCCCUGGAGCCUCUUCAGUACCUCAACACUGAUCAAACUCAGGCCUCGGUGAAGUUGGCUGCCGGACACAAGUUUGACAGAGACGUUGAAGUGCUGAUUUAUUACAAAGAUGCCCACCAGCCCACUGCUGUGGUGGAGGCAGGACAGACCUCUGCCAAGACUGGCACUCUGAUGGGUGAUCCUGUGGUGAUGUUGAGCCUGUACCCCGAGUUCCCCCAGUCCGUGAUGUCCUCACUCGCCUCAUGUGGAGAGUUUGUCUUCUUGAUUGAUCGAUCUGGGAGUAUGGAGUGUCCUAUCAAUAACAGCAAUCCACAAGAAACUCGGAUUUGCAGUGCAAGGGACACUCUGCUGCUCCUGUUGAAGAGUUUACCAAUGGGCUGCUACUUCAACAUCUACAGUUUUGGGUCCAGCUUUGAACACAUCUUCCCUGCGAGUGUUGAGUACAGCGAGAAGACCAUGGAGGAGGCUCUAAAGAAAGUUGAGGGGAUGAGCGCUAAUCUGGGAGGAACAGAGAUCCUUCAGCCUCUCGAACACAUUUACAGUCAACCCUGCGUUCCCAAUCAGCCAAGACAACUAUUUGUUUUUACUGAUGGAGAGGUGGGGAACACCAAAGAUGUAAUCGAUCUUGUUAAGAAGAAUGCAGGCUCCCACAGGUGUUUCUCUUUUGGGAUUGGAGAAGGUGCCAGCUCUGCUCUCAUCAGUGGGCUGGCCAAGGAGGGAGGAGGUCAUUCUCAGUUCAUUACUGGAACUGACAGAAUGCAGCCAAAAGUGAUGCAGUCACUAAAAUAUGCCCUCCAGCCAGCUGUGCAGGAUAUUUCUGUCACAUGGGAUUUACCAAAGAAAGUGUCUGCCACCGUCCUUUCUCCACCCAUCACAGCAAUUUUUCAGGGUCAGAGGUCACUGAUUUAUGCCCAGCUUACUGGACAGAGUUCAGAGGCAGCAGAGGGCACUGUGAUGGUGAAGUACACUCUGGCGGGUCAUCCCUCUCAGAACCAGCUUCACUUCAGUCUCAAACCUGCAGAGGACACUGGGUUAACAGUCCACAAGCUGGCUGCUCGCUCUGUGAUUCAAUCCCUGGAGUUGGAGGAGAGGGCACACAGAGGACAGCAACAUGAUGAAGUGAAGAAGAAGGUGGUGGAGCUCAGUGUCCAUUCAGGAGUGAGCAGUUCUUUCACUGCUUUCAUUGCUGUUAACAAAGACAACAGCGAGCCAAUUCAAGGACCUCUGGUGCGCAGAAAUAUUCCAACACCUUUCUACGGUAGAGCAGUUCCCAUGAUGGCGAUGUGUUGUGCUCCAGCACCUUUUGCCGACUGCCUGCCCAUUACUCAUGAUGUUCAGUUUUUAACAAGUUAUGCAGAUGAAGAACCUGAAGCCGCAGAGAUCCAGAGAGACCCCCUGCUGCAGCUGGUCUCCCUGCAGAAGGCCUCUGGCUGCUGGCUGCUUGAUGCACAUCUGGCUGCUGUGCUGGGAAAGAGCAGUGAGGAGGUGGAAAAGUCCAAACCUGCAGCGGUCAAGGAGGAGGUUUACGCCACCAUUCUGGCUCUGAUCUGGCUUCAUGGUUUCAAACUGGAUGCAAAAGAGGAGUGGGAGCUUCUGUCUGUGAAGGCCGCGUCAUGGCUUCAUGCUCAGAAUGCUCCGUGUGUGUCGGAGUGCGUUGAAGCUGGAAACGCUCUGUUGGGUUGCAGCGUGAAGAAAGAAGCUCUGGGGCUCUGAGCUUUUCUGUGGAGAGGCUCCACCUUCAGGAUGGUUCAACAGAAGCAGGCUUUGUCCUUCUAACAAGCUUUCUGCUGCAUAUUACUGGUGCAAUAUUUAGCCAUAUAUUUGCCAAUGUACCUGAGUUUGUUUUCACUGUAUUUGUGCUAAAAAUGCAAAGGAACACAAAAGAUGUUUAGUUUUGCUUUGUAUCUGAAAUGGAUUCAGUAAAUAAUCUAGAAUUGAUGAAUUAAUAAUGAACCCAAAUGACUAUGUCCAAAUAAGAAUCCAGUGAAUGU